AUGGCGUAUCUCAAAAUCGCAAAAGAUUCCAAAUACAGCUUUAUUUUGGAGAGCGUUUUGGCAGGCGAGAAUAUCGCCCGAUACAGUUUUAUUGGUUCAGAUCCCUUCAAGGUUAUCAGAACGGGCCCGGGGGACCUCGAGGGCGAUCCUAUGACCCAUCUCCAACGUGAACUCAGUCACUACAAGUAUGUCAAACUCCCAGAGGUUCCUUCUUUUACGGGUGGCGCGGUGGGAUAUGUAUCCUACGAUUGCAUUCAAUACUUUGAGCCCAAAACGAAACGGCCUCUGGAAGAUUCGAUAAACAUCCCAGAAUCCCUGUUCAUGCUUUGCGACCUUGUCGUGAUCUACGACCACCUUUAUCAGAACAUCAAAGUUGUCUCGCAUAUCUUCUCUCCCACCGCGUCAACUGACCUUGCGAACCUAUCUUUCAUCUAUUCGACUGCCGUCUCAAAAUUGCGUCGCGUAGCAAAGCUGCUAGUCACGGGUCCGACGCCAACUGUCCCACAACCGCCUGUGACGCUCGGCGCAACAGCGACGUCGAAUGUGGGCAAAGAAGGUUACGAAAGAUUCGUCACCGAACUCAAGAAGAAUAUAAUUGCUGGAGAUAUCAUCCAAGCAGUCCCUUCCCAGCGAUUAUCUCGUCCAACUUCACUCCAUCCGUUCAAUGCAUACAGACAGCUUAGGCAGGUCAACCCGAGCCCAUACAUGUAUUACUUGGACUGCGGAGAUUUUCAAAUUGUCGGUGCAAGUCCGGAAACACUUUGCAAGGUGACUCAGAAUAAGGUAUACAACCACGCCAUUGCCGGCACCACGCGCCGAGGAAAGACAGAAGCAGAGGACGCGGAGCUUGGCAAGGCGUUGCUUGCUUCGACAAAGGACCGAGCAGAGCAUAUCAUGUUGGUCGACCUUGCUCGAAACGAUGUCAAUCGCGUCUGCGAACCUUCAUCGGUCAAAGUUGAUGAACUCAUGGCCCUGCAAAAGUUUAGCCACGUCUUCCACUUGACAAGUACGAUCACUGGGCAACUACGAGAAGAUAAGACAAGAUUUGAUGCCUUCCGCUCUAUCUUCCCUGCUGGGACGGUAUCUGGGGCCCCAAAAAUCAAGGCCAUCGAACUAGUGUUUGACUUGGAGAAGGAGAAGAGAGGCGUGUACGCUGGAGCGGUGGGGCGCUGGGACUUUGCCAGUGAUGAGAUGGACACCGCGAUUGCUAUCCGAACAAUGGUCUUCAAAGAUGGCGUUGUGUACUUUCAAGCCGGCGGAGGAAUCGUCUACGAUAGUGUCGAAGAGGAGGAAUACAUCGAGACAAUCAACAAACUCGGUGCCAAUGUCAAAGCAAUUGACGAGGCUGAGAAAUUUCAUUACACCCAGCAACGUGCAACAAAGCAGAAGAGCUUACCGUGA